AUGAGUAAAGAUAAGUCGUCGCAUUUGCUAGUAUCACUCAAGAUAUUUAACCAUUUGCAAAACGUAAAGAAUGAUGAAAGUCAUUCAUCCAAGGAUUUGGUAAAAUAAUUCCUAAGCAUAACAAAGGCAGAUCCAAGUGAGAUUGAUGCGCUAGAUGGUGAUUUCGCUGCAGAGAAUGCUUUUGAAGCAUUUGAAGAACUAUUCAGUAGAUUUGAGGUGAUUGGUCAAGAAUACUUGAAAUUAAGGGCAGAUGGAAACAGUCCAAAGAAGUAGCCUCAGAAAUAAGAUUAGAGAGGUUAAAAUUUUGAUCAAAUGAUCACUGCUAUUGAUAAAAUUGUCAAACUUCAGGCAUGGUUCAGAAAAGAACUGACAAUAAAAAGACUCGAAAAAUAAUUGAAAGAGACUAAGACAGCAUUUGUCUAAAAGAAAGAAAGAAUUAGUCCAGAAGAAGCAGCUCUUCAGGAAUUUUCACAGCAAUUAAUGAAUAAAAAUUUAACUCCAGAGUCGUUUUUCAGAAUUUGUGAUCCAGAUUACAAGUAGUCUGUGUAAGCGGCAAUUUUCAAAGACUAGCUUCAGAAACUGGGACUUAAACUCAGCAGAGGAUAGCUAAGUAGACUUAUUAUGAUUCUAGAUGAAGAUAUGGAAGGGAAUAUCACUAGAGAUGAGUAUUAUAACGCACUAGAAGCUUAUUGUGUUUCUGGAGAAAAACAUAAAUCCUUUGACGGGACGAUCUAUCAUCCAUUUGAACAUAAAGCCCUUUUUAAACUUAUAGUAGAACUUAAGAAGAAAAACAUAAGUUUUGUUGAGAUGUUCAAUGCCUGUGAUAUCAAUGAUGAUACCAGAGUAAACAUUGCUGAGAUUCAAAGAUUUAUUGAGGGUUUAUCACCUGAAUUCAAGCAAAAAGAGUUGCAUGCCUUGAUGAAUUACCUAGAUAUAGAUAAGAAUGGGCUAGUCGAUAAAGAUGAAUUUAUUAGAUAACUUAACAAAGGUGAAUAGACUUAUAGAUAAAGUCAAGUUCUAAAUAAACAAUUGAUUGAUAGGCAAAAAAUAUCAUAGCCAGGCUAGUAAUAAAUGGGUAGAUCCCAAGCUGCCUAAAGAGACAAUCUUUUUGAGGAAGUUGAUGUAGGAGGUGGAGAUCAAUCAGUCUUUGGUUUCGUUGAUAACUUGUUCUCAAAGAAAAAAGACAAUACAGUUUAGGAUAAACCACCAGCUAAGCAAGUUUAAGCCAAAUAAAAUGAUGUUUUAGAUGCUGACACCCAAAGAAGGAAAAACAUAAUUAUGAAAAUGGAAAAAGAGGGCCAAAAUUUUAAUACUUUCUUCAACUCAAUGAAGGCAAUUGUUGAAAGAGGAGCUAUAAAUCUUGGAUAACUAUUGUCAAAGCUAGAAAAUUCAUAUCCAACAAUAUCAACACAAGACAGAAGUUUCUUGGUAAGAGGAGUCAUGAUUGAUGCUAAAAGGAUAGAUUAUGUUUAGCUGGAAUAGCUUUUCACUAGGUUCUCUAAGAAUCUCCAGCCUACUGUUUCAAAUACUUUCAGCAUUAUUGCUGGAAACAUUAUAAGAAGAAUGGGAGGUUUGUAACCUCAUGAUGCCAUACGUUAAUUCUUUAGAGCCUAAAAUAUUCGUGAGAAUGAUUCACUUAGCGAGGUAGAUUUUAAUAAUUUGUUUUCAGGAAAGUUUGAGUAGAUUACUAAAUUCUAACUUGAAUAAGCAUUUAAAAGUUUAGAUGUCGAGCUCGAUGGAUUUAUAUAGGUGUCUGAUCUAAUAGAUGUUCUAGCCUCAUAUAAUGACUCUCAAUAAAAGAAUAGCACAUUUAACAUUAAAGAUAUAGGGCUAAUUAUUCCCGGAUUUGAAAGCAUGUCCCCUAGAACUAGAUGUGAUGAAUUAAUUUAGCUUAUUAUCGCUGAGCUAAAUAAGAAAAAUAUGAAGCCUAUAAAUGUAUAUAAGAUGGCUGAUAUUAAGAACACUGGUGCUGUCUAAAUAGGUGUUCUUGAGUAGACCUUUAGAAAGAUACUUCCAUCAAUGAAGUCUGAGAUUAUUUAGGAGUCUCUUAAUGCCUUUAACUGCAAAACAACUAGAGAUAUGGUAACUAGAUAGGAUUUUGAAACAUUAUUUUAAGAUGAUCAAAAUUAAUUCAUUCCCAACUCUUAAUCCUUAUCAAGCAAAAAUCUUUAGCAAACUACAAAUUUAAGAUCAUCUGCAUAAAGCCUUGUCCCUCAAGCUGAAGAGGAAUAUCUGGUAUGGAUUAGAAAACUAGAUAAUGCUAUGCUUAGAGAAAGAAUUAGUCCUGGAGUAGCAUUUAGAGCCGCUGAUAUAAAUCAUAAUGGAGUGGUAACUGUAGAUGAGCUGAAAGACUCUAUUAAAAGAUUGAUUCCUUAAGACACUUUAUCUCUAGUUGAUCUUAAAAAGAUCAUGAUGGCAUUUGAUAGAAACAAAAACGGCCUAAUUGAAGAGGAUGAAUUUAUUUCAUUAAUUGAGAAAGCCAGAAACUCGAAUCUAACAAUGAUCGAUUCACCAUAGAAAUCAAGAGGCCCAUUGUUUGACUCAAGUCUAAAUGAUAGAAGAUAGAAUUUACCUAUGAGAACAAAUGACCUGUCUCAAUAAUAAAAUAAUUAGGAAUCUAUUGAGCUUAUAAUGCUUAACCUAUCUUAAAGAGCAAAUCUCAAGAAACUUUUCUCUGAUGUCCACAUCAAUGAAGAUUGCACUAUCGGAGUACUUUAGCUGUCAUAAAGAUUAAAAACAGUAAGGACUAAUGAUGGAACAAGCUUAAGAUCAUCAGAGUAUAUUCAAAUGAUCAAGCACCUAGAUAAAUAAUAGAGAGGGGUUGUCUUUGUUAAGGAUUUGAUAGAUUUCUUGCAAAAACACACUCCUGACACAUUUAAAACAGAUUGCACUCUUGAACUAAGGUAUAUUGCUAAUUUAAUUGAGUUCUAAUUCAAGUCAAGAUUCACUAAGCAAUACCUCUUAAAUAACACUAAUUUGCGAGAUUAAUUAAGAAUUCUUGAGGUCGAAGUACUCACUGAAUUCUAAAAGGCUUUCAAGAUUUCAAUGGAAAUUGGAAGACUUAUCUUUUAGCUAGCAUUGUAAUAGAGAAUUGGAUCCAGUGAAGUUACUCUUGAUGAUUUAGUAAGGUUAAUUGAUCAAUAUAGAGUCUUGAAGCAUUAAGCACCAUAAUUAGAGCUCGAAAAAACAGCUUCAGCCAAAGUUGAUACUAUUAAAGCAUUGACAUCAUUAGUAAUGAAUAUGAUGUGCUUGACUAAUAAAAAGAGAGAAGAGAUAAACUCAAGAAUUGAAGAAAUUGGAGAGAUUCAAAAAGGGAUACCUUUUCUUGAAUUUUUCCAAAUAUUUAAUGAACAGUAUCAAAUAAUUGAGAUGACAGAAUGCAAGGCUCUUUACAGAUAUCUAGCUUCUCUUGGACCUCAUCCCAACAUCAUUUAACUUGGUAUUUUCCAAGAACAGAUUUAACAGAGAUAGUCAUACAUUUUGGAAUGCCAAUCAAAAGCCAUUGGUCUCUUGAUACAACAGCUUGAAAAGAAUGUGAAUGGCGAAUUAUUCAAUGAUAUGAGUAAGAUCAAACUGGAUGAUAUUGGACAUUUUAGUAGGAAAGGGCUCAAAGACUUUUUAAUGAAAGUGCAAGUGUUAAACGUUAACUAAAACCCUUAAAUUUCAGAGUCUUCGUAUGUCAAAUUUUUCCUCAAUCUAGUUAAGAUGCCUAACUUUUAAAUGAGAAACUAAUUGCAGGCAGAUUAUUAUUUGGACUAUUACGUUUUUGACAAUUCUGAUACAGUAAAAUUCUGGAACGUCAUUGAAUUCUUUAGCUCUUAUACAAAGAACAAAGCCUAAUUUACUUCUGUCAUUCUUCUAUAUAUGGCUAAGCUGUUUGAUAAUAUUGUGCCAUUGAAAUCAUGCUAUUCUGCUCUAGAAAAGCUUUGUCCAUAAUGCCUUAAUCUAAGAGAUGGAAACUUUUUAGUUAUGAUGAUCGAAAAACUGCAAGAUACUUUAAUCAUAUCUUAAAAGCUGCUAGGAUUUAAUCAGGGAGAAAUGCGUCAAUCUUCUAGAGAAUGUGUGCAUUCAAUUCUGUAGUUAUUAUAAAGCAAAACUGCAAUAACAGAUGAAAAUCACGAAUUGCUUAAAUAUAUCAAUCAAUUUAGAGCUUUUAAAGCAAGAGGAGGGGAUUCGGGACCUUCGUAGCAAAAACAAGUGAAUCCUGAGGACAUUAUCAAACAAUUGGAAAUCUAAACAGGAGAUAGUAUCGAAGAUGCGGUAGCUUUCAUUUAUGAUAAGGAUAAAAUGCCAGCCACUAAUUUCUAAAUGGACUUGAAUUCUAGAUAUCAAGGGAGAUUGGAGAAGAGUAUAACAACAUAAUUCAUAAGAUUAGUAGAUUCAUAAAUGACUGGAUCUAUCUUCACAAAAAAUCUCAUACAGUUACUUAAAGGUAUCCCAGGUAAAUUUGAUCUUUAAGCUACACUUAAACAACUUGUCCAAAAUAUAGAGGAGCCUAUAGAAACCACUCUCGAAUAUAACAACUACAAGAUUGAUUAAGACAUAAUGAAGGAAGAUUAUCUUGAAUUGAUCUAAAGAAUUUCUAACAUAACUAAAUUUCAAGCACUCUGCUUAUUCUAUCAUUUAGAAGUUGAUGGAGAGAGAUCAAUAUUGGCCUCUAAAUUUGUAUAGCUCGUAAAACCUUACUAACAAAAGGGGUCUUUACUUAAUGAUUCUAGAGAAGAGAGAAAGUAAGUCAGAUUUGAUGAAGUCGUUAGAAAUGAAGAUACUAUAAAAUCUAUGUGCCAGUAGUUUGUAAAGGAUUACGAAAAAAUAUCCUCUUCUAACGUUGUAUUAAGCGGAAUGAAACAGUUUACAGCCCAAAUGAAUAAAGAAUAAUCGGCUCAGAAUGCUGCCACGAGACUUCAUCCCUAAGGAAAAGGAUAGUAUAGUGUUGACAUGCUGAAAACAUACCUUGAUUAGAAUUUAAAAAGACUCUCUGAAGAAGAAAAGCUCGCAGUUUGUUUCAUACCGAUUGCAAAAACUAAGAAUGAUCCAAUGAUUAUAAAUUAGUUAGCUUACGCUUAAUUAGCAAGAUAAUUGAAGUUGGAUCCUAUUGAUAUCAAUUAGUUAAAGAUAAUGCUAGAAACCAAUCUAAAGUAAGUAAAGGCAUAUCUAGGUAUCAAGGAAUAAGCAGUUUCAUAGACUUAGGAAAAGAAGAAGGGUAAAACUGAUUUAAAUCAGAUUCAUCAGAAAGAAAUUUAGAAGCAAUCUAAUAAAAUGAAGGAUGUGAUUGCAGAGCUAAAAGUAAUAGCAGAAAACAAAUAGCAAAAGUAAUUGAUUAUUGACUUUUUCGUCAAUUGCAAGAAUUAAAAAGCGACACACAGUGUUUUCCAUCAUUUUCUAAAAAACCAAUUGAAGAUGAAAUCUGGAGAGCAGCAAAUUGAUUACAUGACGAGUCUGAUUGACAGUGAAAUGAAAGGUAAAGUCUAAUUCCUAGACUUUAUUGAUUUUUGCAAGAAAUUUGGCAUUCCUCUUGAAUCAGAGCUCGCAAGAAAAGCAACAGUAAAAGUAAAAGACAAAAAAGGAGAGACACUGACUUGUGGUAGUUUAACAUACACAUUGACUGAAGAUGACUACUUUACUACUUGGUCUAAGUCUAUUUUUGCAAAUGAGAAGUCAGCAUUAGUUGUAGCUGAAAAACUUUAUUAAGAAUGCAAAGCUAGGAAAAAGAGAUUUAUUGAUCUUGAUUUUGGGCCUAAGCAUGAUUAUUGUACUGGAGAAACUCCUAAAGGUUAUAUUGAUCCAGAUUAAAUGGUGUGGCUAACUCCAGAUGAGAUUGAUACUAAAAACUAAAAACCCCAAUUUUUGGAUGAUGGUCCUGCUCCUAAUGAUGUGAAAUAAGGCAAGCUUGGGGAUUGUUGGUUUAUUGGGGCUCUAUCAGUUAUUGCGACUAGAGAUGAAUUAUUGAGAGGGAGUAUUGGAGAUCAAAACAAAUCUACAGAUUUUUAGGCAGAUUAAAAAACUGCUGAAUUAUUCUCAAGAGGAGUUUACCCUCCACUUUUCCAUAUUUACAGAGAUGUGGGCCUCUAUGUUUUCAGAUUUUUCAAAGAAUUCGGCUGGAGGUAUGUUAUCAUAGAUGAUAGAAUCCCUUGUUUUCAAUACAGUAGAAGACCAGUCUUUGGGUAGUGUAAAGCUGAGCAUGAAUUUUGGGUAGCCCUUAUAGAGAAAGCUUAUGCUAAACUUCAUGGCUGCUACGAAUCCCUGAUAUCUGGAUUUAUUGAUGAUGCUUUAAACGAUAUGACUGGGCUAGUAGCGGAAAAAAUUUUCCUUCACAAUGAAUAAAAAAUCUUUCCUCAUAAAAAUAUCAAGGAUAAAGAUGAAUUUUGGAAAUUCUUAAUGAGAUCUGCCAAGUAAAAAUGUAUGAUGGGAUGUUCUGUAGUUGGUGAUGUGGAAAGAUAAAUUGUCAUUGAUGGAUAAAAGACAGGUAUUAUGACAGGCCAUGCAUAUGGUAUUAUUGAUGUAUUCGAGAUUUAAAGCUCCAUUAAGACACACAGAUUGCUAAGAAUUAGAAAUCCAUGGGGAGAAAUGGAAUGGAAAGGCAAGUGGUCAGAUCACAGUGAAGAGAUUGAAGUGCAUAAGGAUUUGAUUUAGAAAUAUACAUCCGAAUUGGCAAUUGAUGAAUAGUUCACACCAGGAGAAGAAGAUGGAACCUUUUUGAUUAAUUUUAGAUCCUGGAGAGAUUUGUUCAACAACAUGUAUAUCUGCGUUGAUUUCCCAGAUGAUUGGACUGGAAUUAGAUUCAAAGGCUGCUGGGAUGAAACUUGCUCAGGAGGUAUACCAUCACCUAUGACAGUGGAAAAUAUGCAAAGGUGGGGAAAGAAUCCUUAGUAUUGUAUUUCAGUAGAAUAAGAUUUUGAGAUCUUCAUUUCUCUAGCACAGUAAGAUGGAAGAUCUAAAAGAGAUGAUGGAAAAUAUUUAAAAUUCCCUUAUUCUGAGAUUAUUCAUCCAAUUCUUUUCACUGUUCUAGAACUUCCAAGCAAUUAAAGGAGAAUGGAAUAAUUCAACAAGGCUUUAGUCAAAGGAGCUUCAGUACUCAAAGAACAUAGAGAAGUCUCUCUUAGGUUAAAAUUACCUGCAGGUAGAUAUAUAAUCGUCCCAUCAACUAGAAAUGAAAAGGAGUAUGGACCUUAUACUCUUUCAAUUUAUGUUAAUCUUGGACUUGAUGAUUUUGAAAUCGAAAAAAUACUCGAUGAAAAUAAUAAUCAAAGUAUGGAGAAAGACGGCUAAGAUGACUAUGUGCUAAUUGCUGAGGAGAUGGAGUAAUACACGAAUGUUGAGGAUUGGAAGAUUGAACUUUGCGAAGAAAGAAUCUAGUACAUGAUAUUCUAGGAGGAUGAAUUGAAUAAUUCAAGAUUGACUGGUUCAAUGAACAACUCAAAGAAUAAUACUCAAAAUUUUAGAAGUGGACUCUUCAAUUAAUCUGCAGCCAAAAUGUCAUUCAAUAAACAAGAUGACUAUGAACAAGAUGAAUUCCCAGAUGAUGAUAAAUUUAUGGAAUGA